AUGUCAGGCGAAAAGAUCCUCGAAGGCGUAUUCGCCGUCCACAAGCCGCAAGGCGUUACCUCCGCCGACGUGAUCCGCACUUUGCAGAAACACUUUAACCCCUCGAAGACAUUCAAGCCAUGGUUAGACGAGGAACGCGCCCGCCGCGACCGUGAGAGCCAGUUCCAGCGCAAACGCCGUCGCCACCAACGCCUCGACGUGAAGAUCGGCCACGGCGGAACAUUGGACCCGCUCGCGACAGGCGUGCUCAUCACCGGAAUCGGCAAGGGCACCAAGUCCCUUCAGGAUUUCUUGGCCUGCACCAAGAGCUACGAAACCAUCGUGACAUUCGGCGCGGAGACGGAUACCUACGAUCGUCUUGGAAAGAUCGUGCGUCGCGCGCCCUACGAACAUAUCACGCGCGAAGCGGUCGAGAAGGCGCUGGAGCAAUUCCGCGGGAAGAUUAUGCAGCAACCCCCCCAUUUUCUCUGCCUUGCGGGUGAAUGGAAAGAAGCUCACCGGCCUGUUGAGGUCUUGAACAUGGAGAUUGUGGAGUGGUACGAGCCCGGCACGCACGAGUACAAAUGGCCUGAGGAGGAAAUGACUGGUGAUGAGAAGGCUGUUGCUGAGAAGCUUCUUGAUCAGGAAGCCUCGGCAUCUGCGCCAUCGGCUGAAGGUGACGCUGCGAACCAAGCCUCCGAAGCCCCUUCUACCAAGCGGAAGUCGCCACCCCCGGCGGAUCAGGUGAAUGAUGACAACUCGGAGACUGCCAAGAAGCAAAAGGUGUCUGAGACCGAGGCUGCGCCUGCAGCUCCUGAGCCUACCGCCCCCGAACCUGCAACCGCAGAGGCCCCUGCUGUACCUGCAGAGGACCCCAAGCCCCAGCCUCCGGCGGUCAAGAUUAAGAUGACUGUUACAUCAGGCUUCUAUGUUCGCUCGCUGGCACACGAUCUAGGCAAGGCUGUUGGUAGUUGUGCUCUGAUGAGCGAGCUAGUGCGCAGUCGCCAGGGUGACUAUGAACUCUCCCCCGACAAGGUUUUGGAGUACAAGGACCUUGAGGCCGGCGAAGAGGUCUGGGGCCCAAAGGUAGAGAAGUUCUUGACCGAGUGGGAGGAGAAGAGAGCCGCCAAGGCUGAAGCUGAAGCAGCUCAAUAG